GGGGGAUGUUGGGAGGGCCCUGGGGGUUGUGGGGAGGUCUUGGGGGGCUUUGGGGAAGGUCCUGGGGGUGAUGAGAAGGUUCUGCAGGCCAUGGGGAGGAUCCUGGAGGAUGUGGGGAAGGUCCUAGGGAUUGUGGAAAGGGCACUGGGGAAGGUCCUGCUGUUUUUGGAAAGGUCCUGGGGGCACUGGGAGUGUCCUGGAGGCCAUGGGGAAGGGUUCUGGGAAUGUGGGAAAGGUCCUGGAGGCACUUGGGAAGGUCCAGGGGGAUGUGGGGAAAGUCUCUGUCUCCAGCACAUCCAUUGGCUUUUUUUUUUUUUUUUUUUUAGCAAAACAAGGAGAAUGAACUCCCUUUUUUCAUCUUUCUUCAGCAUAACAGGUUCAAACUUGGAUUUCUGGAUUCAGAAACGUGGGAUUUUAUUGUGAAGAAGAAAAUAUCCUCCUUUUUUGCAGGAAUCUGGUGGACAGGCCUCACCUGAGCCAUGGCCACACGUCUCAGAUCGGCUGGCAGGAGGUGCACUGUGAUCGGGGGUUCGGGGUUCCUGGGGCGGCACAUGGUGGAGCAGCUCCUGGACAGGGGUUACUCCGUCAACGUCUUCGACAUCCAGCAGAGCUUCGAGAGCGACCGAGUGAAGUUCUUCCUGGGAGACCUCUGUGACAAGGAGGCUCUGCUCCCAGCUUUGCAAGGCGUGUCCAUGGCCUUUCACUGUGCAUCCCCAGCACCUUCCAGUGACAACAGGGAACUGUUUUACAAGGUGAAUUUUAUGGGAACCAAAGCAGUCAUUGAGGCCUGCAAAGAAGCUGGAGUGCAGAAACUGGUGUUAACCAGCAGUGCCAGUGUAGUUUUUGAGGGCACAGACAUAAAAAAUGGAUCAGAAGACCUCCCUUAUGCACAGAAACCUAUUGACUACUACACAGAGACCAAGAUCCUCCAGGAGAAGGAAGUGCUCAGUGCAAACGACCCAGACAACAAUUUCCUCACCGUUGCCAUUCGGCCCCACGGAAUAUUCGGUCCCAGAGACCCUCAGCUGGUUCCCAUCCUCAUCCAGGCAGCCAAGAGGGGCAAAAUGAAGUUCAUCAUCGGGGAUGGAAAGAACCUGGUGGACUUCACCUACGUGGAAAACGUGGUCCAUGGGCACAUCCUGGCUGCGGAAAAGCUGCAGAAAGGCUCUCCCCUGUGUGGGAAGGCCUUUCACAUCACCAACGAUGAGCCAGUUCCCUUCUGGGCCUUCAUGUCCCGCAUCUUGACCGGCUUGGACUACGACCCUCCCAAGUACCACAUCCCCUACUGGCUGGCCUAUUACCUGGCCCUGCUGCUGGCCCUGCUGCUGGGGCUGCUCAGGCCCCUGGUGACCAUCAAGGCCACCUUCACCCCCAUGAGGGUGGCCCUGGCUGGGACAUUCCACUACUACAGCUGCGAGAGGGCCAAGAGGGACAUGGGGUACAGGCCUGUGGUGGGGCUGGAGGAGGCCAUAGCCAGGACCCUGCAGAGCUACCCCCACCUGCGCCGGGCCAGGGCCUGAGCAGCCCUGCAGGGACUCCUUCCAGCUUGAUUUUCCAUGAUUUUUGUGAUGUCUUGCUGUGGGCACUGAAGGAAAUGUCACCAAGUCCCAGGAACGGGGAGUUUCCCCCCCCCCAAGUUCCUCCUCGCCGCUACCUGGGCUGAAAAACCCUCACACAGGAGCUGUUCUAACAGUUCUUUGAGGUGACUUCUUGUUUCGAGCCAGCUGCUGAACUCUCUGGACUGUGAAUAAACACCCUGCUGUGCCCUCUUCAGUCCCGAGGCAGCCCAUCAGCAAUUCCUCCUCUCCUCUCCACCCUUGUCCCCAUGUUUUGUUGCUGUGGUGACAUCAGCCACCUCCUCUCAGAGCUGAGGAACCAAACCCUUCUCGUGGCUGGUCCCCUCUGGGCUUUGGCUUUGCUCUAGACAGGAGAAGCUCCUGGCAAAUAGCAGUUCUGCCACCAGCUCUGGAAUCAUUGCAGCUCAUUUGGUUUUCUCUCUGUGAUUAGUGGGUGAUUUGGCUUCUUCCUGAAGGAAACCUGAGGAAAGGCCUCUCUUUGUUCCUUUGGUCCUGCAGGAGCCUAUUUCUGUUCCAAGAAGAACUCAAGUAAAUCACAAAGAGAUGA